GUUGCCCAUCUCUGAAUCCCCAAUGCCAGGACUGCAAAUCACCUCGCCCCAAGCAGUUGUCCAAUAAAUGAGCAGUGGGUAAACGAAAGAAUAAGCAAAGCCUUGUCACAGGAAAGGGGCCAGCGGCGUCUGCCGUGCAAGAGCUGGCCCAGUGGAGCAGAGCCUCGAGGUUCAGGAGCCGGGUCUGGAAGGCUCCUGCCGGUGUGAGAGGGAGGCGGAGCCAGCCGGCGCCUGGCACAAGGCGUCUCAGAGGCCGCCCACUGGGAGCCAACCGUUGUAGCCAGUUGUCCCCACGAGGGAGGCCGGAGAAGGCGCAGCGGCCCCUGGCCUGGCCAUUUCGCCCUUAUGGCAGCUGAACCGCCGACUACUAGCUCCUCCACUGAGCACACGCCCCGCGCGCUUCGCUCUCGGCCUCGCCCGGCCACCGUCGCUCUCUAGAACGCCGCGCCCGUGACCCGGAAGAGCAUUCUCCUUAGCAACUGCGGGACUGCGGCGGCGCCGGCCUCCGGGGAGAAACGGUGAGGUCAUCAGAAGGAAGAACUGAAGAGUGAAUGACAACAGAGCUGCUCGAGGUGGGAACUCUGAGCUGAGCAGUGGAGGUUUCUUUGGAUCUGGAGAGAAGAGUGACCUUGGAGCCAAUAAUGAGCCAUCCUGACUACAGAAUGAAUCUCCGGCCCCUGGGGACCCCCAGAGGUGUGUCCACUGUGGCUGGCCCACAUGACAUUGGUGCUUCGCCAGGUGACAAAAAGUCAAAGAACAAGUCCACACGAGGGAAGAAAAAGAGCAUAUUUGAAACUUACAUGUUCAAGGAGGAUGUUUCGGAAGGCUUGAAGAGAGGAACACUCAUCCAGGGUGUAUUGAGAAUUAAUCCAAAGAAGUUUCAUGAAGCCUUCAUUCCUUCCCCGGAUGGUGAUCGAGACAUUUUUAUUGAUGGGAUUGUUGCUCGUAAUAGAGCCUUAAAUGGGGAUCUGGUGGUCGUGAAACUACUUCCCGAGGAGCAGUGGAAGGUAGUUAAACCAGAGAACAAUGACAAAGAAACAGAAGCUGCAUAUGAAUCAGAUAUCCCCGAGGAGCUCUGUGGACACCAUCUCCUGCAACAGUCCCUGAAAAGCUAUAAUGACAGUCCUGAUGUCAUUAUAGAGGCUCAGUUUGAUGGUAGCGACUCAGAAGAUGGACAUGGCAUCACACAAAAUGUGCUGGUUGAUGGUGUUAAGAAACUCUCAGUUUGUGUUUCUGAAAAAGGAAGAGAGGAUGGUGAUGCACCGGUUACAAGAGAUGAGACCACCUGCAUUUCACAAGACACAAGAGCUUUACCGGAGAAAUCCCUGCAAAGAUCAGCAAAGGUGGUUUACAUCUUGGAGAAAAAACAUUCUCGAGCAGCAACCGGCUUCCUCAAACUCUUGGCUGAUAAGAACAGCGAACUGUUUAAGAAAUACGCCCUGUUUUCUCCCUCAGACCACCGAGUGCCUAGAAUUUAUGUGCCUCUCAAGGACUGUCCCCAGGACUUUGUGGCACGGCCUAAAGAUUAUGCCAACACACUCUUCAUCUGCCGCAUUGUGGACUGGAAGGAGGACUGCAAUUUUGCCCUGGGGCAGCUGGCUAAGAGUCUUGGGCAGGCUGGUGAAAUUGAGCCUGAAACAGAAGGAAUACUAACAGAGUAUGGCGUGGAUUUCUCUGAUUUCUCUUCAGAAGUUCUAGAAUGUCUUCCUCAAGGCCUGCCAUGGACAAUUCCACCAGAGGAGUUCAGCAAGAGAAGAGAUUUAAGAAAAGACUGUAUCUUCACCAUUGACCCAUCAACCGCCCGAGACCUCGAUGACGCCCUCUCCUGCAAGCCACUCGCUGAUGGCAACUUCGAAGUGGGAGUUCACAUUGCCGACGUGAGUUACUUUGUUCCGGAGGGAUCCGACCUGGAUAAAGUGGCUGCUGAGAGGGCCACAAGUGUCUACUUGGUUCAAAAGGUGGUCCCCAUGCUUCCCAGGCUGCUGUGUGAGGAGCUGUGCAGCCUCAACCCCAUGUCUGACAAGCUGACCUUCUCUGUGAUCUGGACACUGACUCCAGAGGGCAAGAUCCUUGAUGAAUGGUUUGGCCGGACCAUCAUCUGCUCCUGCACCAAACUUAGCUACGAGCAUGCACAGAGCAUGAUUGAAAGCCCAACUGAGAAAAUCCCUGCGAAAGAGCUGCCCCCCAUUUCCCCAGAGCAUAGCAGCGACGAGGUACACCAGGCCGUCUUGAAUCUCCACCGAAUUGCCAAGCAAUUACGCCAGCAGCGCUUUGCGGACGGCGCACUUCGUUUGGAUCAGCUAAAGCUUGCUUUCACUCUGGACCACGAGACCGGAUUGCCUCAAGGAUGUCAUAUCUAUGAGUACCGCGACAGCAACAAAAUAAAAAAUAAAAACAAAUCAAGACCGAAGAGUCUGAAGAGGCUCACCUGCCAAGGCCACAGAGGUCAAGGGAAGAACCUGGCUUCUGCCUCAGUUGUGGCAAAUUCUCAAGCCUGUGCUGUGCCUUCAUGACACCUGCCUUUUUCUCCACACCAGGAAGCU